GCCGCCGUCAACAAUCCCGGAAGUGAGCGGGAGCUAACGCUAACAGCUCUCAGCAGCUAACAGCAGCUCUCAGACCUCACAGACCCGAACCGUUCGGUCCGGACCGCGGUCAGUCCGGCCCCUGCAGCCGGUCCAGGCCCUCAGCCCGGCCGGAAGACAGGACAGCUGCUUCCGGUCCGAAUGUUUAUCAGCGCUAACUUCUGGCUAACAUGCUAGCGAUCAGCUGUUGAUGUUUGGAGGCUCCGGAGCAGACCCGGUCCCGGACCUCACUUCUGCUGGACCACUGAAGACCCGGUCCCGGACCUCACUUCUGCUGGACCACUGAAGACCCGGUCCCGGAGUUGAUCUGGCUUCAGUUCUCCUGGACCUCUGCAGGACUUCAUGGAGACCUGAGAACCAACACCAUCCUGACGGCUCCUCAGGCAGUCAUCUGAGCCCCCGGAGGACCCGGUCCAGAGGACCUGACCCGGAGGACCCGGUCCAGAGGACCUGACCCGGAGGACCCGGUCCAGAGGACCUGACCCGGAGGACCCGGUCUAGAGGACCUGACCCGGAGGACCCGGUCCAGCACAGUCCUGCAGUCAUCAGCUCUUCCUCAUCAUGCACGACGCCUACGAGUCGGUCCCGAUCCUGGAGAAGCUCCCGCUGCAGAUCGACUGCCUGGCGGCCUGGGAGGACUGGCUCCUCGUUGGAACCAAACCGGGACACCUGCUGCUGUACCGGAUCAAGAAAGACGCAGGGACCAACCGCUUUGAGGUGACGCUGGAGAAGUCCAACAAGAACUUCUCCAAGAAGAUCCAGCAGCUCUAUGUGGUCUCUCAGUAUAAGAUCCUGGUCAGUCUUCUGGAGAACAACAUCCACGUCCACGACCUCUUGACCUUCCAGCAGAUCACCGUGGUGUCGAAGGCCAGAGGAGCCUCACUGUUCACCUGUGACCUGCAGCGCGGCGCCUCGGGGGAGGAGCGGCGGCAGAUGUGUGUGGCGGUGAAGAAGCUGCAGCUGUACUACUGGAAGGACCGGGAGUUCCACGAGCUGCAGGGGGACUUUGCUGCUCCGGACAUCCCCAAGUCCAUGGCCUGGUGUGAGAACUCCAUCUGCGUGGGCUUCAAGAGGGACUACUACCUGAUCCGGAUGGACGGCCGUGGAUCCAUCAAGGAGCUGUUCCCCACCGGGAAGCAGCUGGAGCCGCUGGUGCCCCGCUGGCUGAUGGGAAAGUGGCGGUGGGGGCAGGACGACCUGACGGUGGUCCUGAACGAAGAGGGCGUCUGCACCCAGAAGUGCGCCCUCAACUGGACAGACAUCCCCAUCGCCAUGGAACACCAGCCCCCCGACAUCAUCGCGGUUCUGCCGUACUUGGAGAUCCGACCUUCGAGCCCAGACCUGGCGGUCCAGAGCGUGGAGCUGCAGAGACCCCGCUUCAUCACGUCUGCAGGGCCUGACGUGGUCUACGUAGCCAGCAACCACUUCGUGUGGCGCCUGGUCCCGGCCCCCGUCUCCAGCCAGAUCCGCCCGCUGCAGGACAAGCAGUUCGAGCUGGCUCUGCAGCUGGCAAUGAAGGAGGACGGCGGCGGGGAGAAGAAGCAGCAGGUCCUCCACAUCCAGAACCUCUACGCCUUCAACCUGUUCUAGAAGAGGUUCGACGAGUCCAUGCAGGUCUUCGCCAAGCUGGGGACAGACCCCACCCACGUCAUCGGCCUGUACCCCGACCUGCUGCCCUCCGACUACCGCAAGCAGCUGCACUACCCCAACCCCCUGCCCCCCCUGACCGGGGCCGAGCUGGAGCGGGCCCACCUGGCCCUGAUCGACUACCUGACCCAGAAGCGCAGCCACCUGGUGAAGCAGCUGAACGACGCCGACCCGUCCACCACGUCCCCCACGUCCCGCGAUGAUGGAGGAACCCCCACCAUCAAGAGCCGCAAGAAGCUGCUGCAGAUCAUCGACACCACGCUGCUCAAGUGCUACCUGCACACCAACGUGGCGCUGGUGUCUCCGCUGCUGCGCCUGGAGAACAACCACUGCCACGUGGAGGAGAGCGAGUACGUCCUGAAGAGGGCGCACAAGUACAGCGAGCUCAUCAUCCUGUACGAGAAGAAGGGCCUGCACCAGAAGGCUCUGCAGGUCCUGCUGGAUCAGUCCACCAAGGCCAACUCUCCUCUGAAGGGCGAGCGAACCGUCCAGUACCUCCAGAGACUGGGACUGGAGAACCUGGGCAUCAUCUUCGAGUUCUCUCCCUGGGUUCUAAAGAGUCCUGAGGACGGACUGAAGAUCUUCACUGAAGACCUGACGGAGGUGGAGACUUUACCCAGAGACAAGGUCCUGCAGUUCCUGAAGGACGGCUUUGAGGAACUGGCCAUCCCGUACCUAGAACACAUCAUCCAUGUCUGGGAGGAGACCGGUCCAGAGUUCCACAACGUUCUGAUCCAGCUCUACCUGGGCCAGGUCCAGGGUCUCAUGAAGCAGUACCUCAACUCUCUGCCUGAAGGCGUUGCGGCGGUUCCAGCAGGGCAGGAGAACGGGGAGCUAGGGGAGAUCAGGAAGAAGCUGCUGGCCUUCCUGGACGGGUCCUGCUGCUACGAGCCGGACCGCCUCAUCAGCAGCUUCCCCUUCGACGGUUACAUGACUGAGAGCAGCCGGGGUGCUGGGAGCAUCCGGGUUUAA